GGAGGCGCGGAGGCCAUGGCCAGCCACGUGGACCUGCUGACGGAGCUGCAGCUGCUGGAGAAGGUGCCCACGCUGGAGCGGCUGCGGGCCGCCCAGAAGCGCCGGGCGCAGCAGCUGAAGAAGUGGGCGCAGUACGAGCAGGACCUGCAGCACCGCAAGCGCAAGCAUGAGCGGAAGCGCAGCACGGGUGGCCGGAGGAAGAAGGUGACCUUCGAUGCCAGCGUGGCCCUGCUGGAGGCCUCCCUGAGGAACGACGUCGAGGAAGUGCGCUACUUCCUGAAGAAUAAAGUCAGCCCUGAUUUGUGCAACGAGGAUGGACUCACAGCCCUGCACCAGUGCUGCAUCGACAACUUCGAGGAAAUUGUCAAGCUGCUCCUUUCCCACGGUGCGAACGUGAACGCCAAGGACAACGAGCUGUGGACACCCCUGCAUGCCGCAGCCACAUGCGGCCACAUCAACCUGGUGAAGAUCCUCGUUCAGUAUGGAGCCGACCUGCUCGCUGUCAACUCCGAUGGGAAUAUGCCGUAUGAUCUCUGCGAGGAUGAGCCCACCCUGGAUGUCAUCGAGACGUGCAUGGCGUACCAGGGCAUCACUCAAGAGAAAAUCAACGAGAUGCGGGCGGCUCCCGAGCAGCAGAUGAUUGCAGACAUCCACUGUAUGAUCGCAGCGGGCCAGGACCUUGACUGGAUCGACGCCCAUGGUGCCACACUGCUGCACAUAGCUGGGGCCAACGGAUACCUGCGAGCAGCUGAGCUCCUCCUGGACCACGGAGUGCGCGUGGAUGUGAAGGACUGGGAUGGCUGGGAGCCCCUGCACGCGGCUGCCUUCUGGGGACAGAUGCAAAUGGCAGAGCUAUUGGUGUCCCAUGGGGCCAGUCUCAGUGCUAGGACAUCCAUGGAUGAAAUGCCAAUAGACCUGUGUGAGGAAGAAGAGUUCAAGGUCCUGCUGCUGGAGCUAAAACACAAGCACGAUGUGAUCAUGAAGUCACAGCUGAGGCACAAGUCGUCCUUGAGCCGGAGAACGUCCAGCACAGGCAGCCGUGGGAAGGUGGUGCGUCGAGCCAGCCUGUCGGAUAGGACGAACCUGUACAGGAAGGAGUAUGAGGGCGAGGCCAUCCUGUGGCAGCAGCGGAGUGUGGCAGAGGAUCAGCGGACCUCAACUUACAAUGGGGACAUCAGGGAGACCAGGACAGACCAGGAGAAUAAGGACCCAAACCCCCGGCUGGAGAAGCCCGUGCUGCUCUCUGAGUUCUCCACCAAGAUCCCACGAAGUGAAAUGGACAUGCCUGUUGAGAAUGGCCUCCGGGCUCCGGUCAGCGCCUACCAGUAUGCACUGUCCAACGGGGAUGUCUGGAAAGUGCACGAGGUGCCCGACUAUACCAUGGUCUACAGCAGCCCCAGCAUGGCUGAUGCCACCCCACCCUGGAGUGGCUACAAGGAGCAGAGCCCCCAGACGCUUCUGGAGCUAAAGCGGCAUCGGGCUGCAGCCAAGCUGCUCAGCCACCCCUUCCUGAGCACCCACCUGGGCAGCAGCAUGGCCAGGACGGGUGAGAGCAGCAGUGAAGGCAAGGCCCCCUUGAUCGGAGGCAGAACUUCACCAUACAGCAGCAAUGGGACCUCGGUAUAUUACACGGUCACCAGCGGAGACCCCCCCCUCUUGAAGUUCAAGGCCCCCAUUGAGGAGAUGGAAGAGAAGGUCCAUGGCUGCUGCCGCAUCUCCUAGUCUCCCUGUGACAGAGGAGAGAGAUGCUUUGGGGAGGGGUCCCUGGAAUCCAGGCCAGCCCUGGCUGGGAGGCUUCAGAGGGCAGCUGGGGGGAGAUGGGCUCUGCUUUCCAGAGGAAUGCUGACCCCACCUCGCAGCCAGCUGCCCGUAGCAUCACCCCUUCCCACGGUCUGCUUCCUGCUGCAUUGUCUGCCAUCAGAAACAAGGCCCCUAGCGGCUUCCCGACUCACCCUGCUGUCUGAUUUGGGGGAGGGAGGGCUGGGAUUCCAGUUCUGUUAUUGAUAGAGGCUUCUUUGGACCAGUACUCGCAUGUCACAUAUCAACACACACACACACACACACACACACACACACACACACUUCAUCAACAUGUAUACAAAUGACAACUGGGCUCAUGGGAAGCAGGUGGAACAGAGAAUUUGUGAGCUAUUCCUGAGAGAAUGAUUGAGGUUAAGACUCAGUGUUUUAUCACCACUGCCAAUGUGGCUUUAGCAGGGGAGGGGGCCUGCUAAGCUGAGACCCAUCGUCCUGCCCAGAGUCCUGUUGGGAUCUGGGCCACCAUCCACAUCUGACAGGAGCAGGAAGUCCGCUCUGUGCCCAGAGGAAGCCAUGAACCCACAUGGGUAGAUGAAAUGGACACAGAACUGCUCCCACAUCCUUGCCCAUGCCAGGAACUAGUUGUGUGAACGCCUAGGGGCCAAGGUGGAAAACCAGGCUAUUCUAUUCCCGGAAUAUUCCAGAUCACAUUUUGUUUUUGUAUGAAAGCAUCAAAAAGUGGAGGGGGUAACAAAGGCAGUAUUUCCAAAAGUGAGUUUCAUAAAAGGACUAUUUAAGGCUGUAAAACUCUAGGCAGGAGGUAACUGCAUUUGGCUGCUUUUAUGGAGAAUGUUAUGAUCAUUAGGUUUUACUGGCUUUUGUUGGGAAAAUGAACUUAGUGAGGAGCUUCAGUUGGAAGGGCUUUUCCAAGGAGAGGGGUGAGUUCAUGUUGGCAGUUUCUCAGCCAGCCCUCAUCAGACUGAGCCAUCAGAGUGAACAGCGAGGGGCUGCUGCCUGCCACCCCUUCCCCACUCCUAGAGUGAAUGCUCAGGAUCCCAGGCCCCGCUUUGCCAGUUGGCCCUGUGAGUUCCUGCCUGGCCCAGGGACUCCCAGCCUGUCCCUGCUGGAGUGGUGACACCCCAGGGCUGCAAAUCCACAGUGCCCAUGGCCAACACCCUGAUCUGCAUUCAGGAGAGAGUGAUGGUGAGGAGGUUGGUCACAAGCCUGUUCCAUGCCAGGAGCCAGCCAUGUGACCACCCAUUCAAUUCACCGGUGGGGCAGGCUGCCCGUCACCUCUCCACUGCAUUCUCUCAUGAGCCCCUUUAAAUUGUCGCCCAUGAGUUGGGCACUAUCCACUGGCUCAGCUAAAACCCAUUGGUGUCACUAAUGAGCAGGUUUGUUCCCUGCUCUGUGCACCUUUUAUUUGUCCUAAAACUACCUCCUUAGAGCUCUGAAGGUGCCCCCUAGAUCCAGAUUCUGCAAUUUGGGGGACAAAUCUGGGUUCCCUUUAACUUUCUCCUUUCUGAGCCUAUGAAAACUUCUCUCUGGGGGCACCUGGGCCAGGAGGCUGUGUGGCUGGAGAAGUUCCCUUUGUGCCACAGCUUUAGUAAUGGGUCUGCUGUUUGUAAGUUCUAGUCCCCACUGUGGUCCCCGCCCACUCCCCUAACCCAGAGAGGGAGCUGGCUCCCAGGGGGCCUGGCUGAUGCUUUCCCAGGAGUAGGGCAGCUGGGCAGGAGAGCACAGGGCUCAGGAGAGCCAUUGUACCCCUGGUGGCUCUUGUAUGCAGGGAGGGUCACAGCACCAGGCCCCCUACCCCAACUCCAGGACAGUUCCAGUCUUGGGUGGAGGGGCAGGUCAGGAGACUGCAGGCGUUUGUGUGAUGCCUCCUAUGUCCCUGAGGUCUGGAGUGGGCUCUCCAUCAUCUCAGCCUAUGGCCGGAGCAGGGCAGGGAUAUACCUUAAAACAGUGUUCAGAUCAGACUAACACUGAAAUUCCUUUUGAGCCAACUUAAGCUGUAAGCUGGGGAGUGCCGAGAGAAGCCACAUACUCCUCCAGAGAGAGCUGGGCAGGUUUUUGGAUCUGUUUGCUCAGGGCACAGAGACUGGAGCCAUUUAUUGCCCACUCUAAGCCCUCUGGCCAUUCCCUCCUCCCCCCUUGCUUCCUGCCUCCUGGGCUGCUCCUCUCUUCCCAGAAGGCUGGGAAUCCCACUGAUUCCCCAACAGGAGACAACUAAAGACUCUUGAGCACAAGCUCAUAUUUUCAAUCAGGGAUAAACCAUUCCCUGUUGGGGCUUCCAAGUACCUGGGGUACUUUUCCUGUAGGUCUCUUGGGUGUUGAAGGACAAGCUGGGGCCAAGGUCAUCCAUUUAUUCACUCAUGUAGUUUAUUGAGUAGUUGUGACAUACCAGGCACUAUGUUAGGUUCUGGGAGUGAAGGAGGGACAAGAUAGAAUGAGGAGACUGCUCUUUAUGGUUUUCAACCCUCGAGGACCAUGGGUGUCAGCAGCAGCCCAUUCAAUUAAUCUGAGAUAGAGUGACUGCAUCCUGGUCCAAUAUGCCUAGAUGACAUUUGCCACUAAAUGCAGACGCUGGAUCUUGGGUUCCAGGAAGACACCAUCCCAAGUCUAUAUGGAGCUCUCAGGGUUCCUAGCUGCCUUCAGGCCAACAUCUUUGAGGCACUAUAUAAUAGCAGUUUGAGGUCAGUGUCUAGAAGAAUAAGGAUUCUGGAAUUUGCUGCCAAAUGCAUCUCAGGUUUUAAAACUCAUUGUCUCUUACUCAUUUUUGCUAUUUAUUAUGUAAUCUUCCUGCUCCACCAAUGGAUAAUGGGAAGAAAAAGAGCUUCUCCUUUAACAUCGAAGCUUUUCCUCGUGAAUUGCCUCUCUUUUGGGCCAGUGUGGAUCAAGGAGCUGGAAGAAUGCUGGCAAGGUUGACCAGAUGCCCAGCUCUUGCUGAGAUCCAGGUCUAGUGGCAGCUCCUGGCAGAUUGAAGGAGGCUACUUCUAGAGCAGGUGCCACGUGGCUCACUGUGAGCUCUGGCCCUUGCUCUCACCCCACCCUAAGCCCCCAGACUAUUGAAAAUUGGUGAGUUUUUGGCCAGUAACUCAGGGAAGCUGAAUGAACCCUAGACUCAAGUCUACUAAAGACUUCAGGAUGUAGUUCUCCAUCAGAUAUGCAGCAUCAAUGAAACUGCUCUGCACUGUUUGAUCAACUUAAAUGGGUUUAGAAAGUUAACAAGGGUAUGUCCCCUGUCCUAUCUCACCACAGUUUGUUGGCUUUGUAGUAACUUAAGACUAUUUGGGUUCUUGGUGUCAGAUACUUUUUGAUCUUGAGCUCUCUCUUCCAUUUGCUUUCCCAGAAGGCGCUCCUUGUAAGAUGCUCAGAAGGACUAUAUUUAACUCUGGCUAUUGUAGCCUGGGGACAGCCUCCCCACCCCCAGGGCACAUAAGAGCAAAGGGUCAUGUGGUCAGUGGAUAACUCAUAGAAGUGAUCCCUUUGCUAAAAGCUAUAGCCCUCUCCUUGAUAGGAAUCUCUUGCUGGCCAGUUGGCCAGAGGACCUGCUUCCCAUGGGCAUGCAAGUGCCAUAGUGCGGGGCCUGGCUCUGCACACCCAGGAAAUGUCUGAAGAUCCCCAGCCCUCCGCAAUAAUUCACCAGACCAGAAGCCACUGAUGUACAGAGAACAAUUAAGAAAAAUGUAUUUUAUGUGAAAAAAAAGUUAAAACUCUGUAUACUGUAUCAGCAGCUUUGUGUAAAAAAUGGCAAUCAAGAGAGUCUAAUAUAUUUAAAACUUUUUUUAAAAAAAAAUCCUCAAGGAUCUUUGAUAUUGUAUUGAAGUAACUUUCAGGUAGCUCCUCACCAUCCGGCAGUGGUGGGCCUCGUGUCCAAGACCAUGGCCCAACCACAUCCCAAAGGGGCAUGCCCCUGGAGUUGCUUCCAGCUGCCAAGGCCUGCGACGGAAUUUGCUGUUGAGUUUUUAAUUAAGAUUAUUAAAUUCCUUUUAAUAACA